GACCCCCCAGCGAGACAGCGAAACGCUUCCCGCUUCUAGUAUGCCCUAACGGCGGCUAACACCUCCUCACUCAACCCUAAUUCCCUCAGCCCAGCAGAAACUCUUCAAAGCCUUGUCAAACAAAGCAGGGAUUCGUGGAAGGCGUCUCAAAAGGUUAAAGCUUUUAGAUUCAGAGUAAAUGCUUAAAAUUAUAUCUUACAGUUUUAGUUACUCGUGACUGAUUUGUAUUCACCGAGCCAGUCGUCAUGAUGGCUUGACUUUUGAGCCGUUCUCUCUCCGAUUUUGGAGAAUUGUCAUUCCAAUUUAAGGAUUGAGUGCGCUCACUAUUUCGGCAGUGAACUGAUUUUCAGAAUACAUAUUUAAACUGGAACUCUACUUCAGUUUUUGGAGUGAUCUGCCCGUCGGUGGAUUGCCCGUUGGCCAAGAUGUCCCAGCCCUCUGCUGCUGACGAGGGGACCACCUUCGAGCACUUGUGGAGCACCCUGGAGCCCGACAGCACUUACUAUGAGCUCCCGCCGGGCGGUCACCGCGGCGACAGCGAAGCGUCCUCCAGCCUGCCCUCUGACCGCGCCGAGGUGUGCAUGGACGUCUUCCACAUGCGCGACAUGAACGAGUCCGUCAUGUCCCAGUACAGCCUCCUGAGCAGCAGCAUGGAUCAGACCCUGGCCGGCCGCGCUCCCUCCACCAGCCCCUACAGCUCCGAGCACGCCUCCACCGUGCCCACGCCGUCGCCCUACUCGCAGCCCAACUCCACCUUCGACGCCAUGUCCCCCGCUCCCGCCAUCCCCUCCAACACCGACUACCCCGGGCCCCACAACUUCGAGGUCACCUUCCAGCAGUCCAGCACCGCCAAGUCCGCCACCUGGACGUACUCUCCGCUGCUGAAGAAGCUGUACUGUCAGAUUGCCAAGACCUGCCCCAUUCAGAUCAAGCUGGCCUCCACACCUCCCCAUGGGAGCGUCAUCCGGGCCAUGCCGGUCUACAAGAAGGCGGAGCACGUCACCGAGGUGGUGAAGCGCUGCCCCAACCACGAGCUGGGCCGCGACUUCAACGACGGUCAGGCAGCCCCGGCGAGCCACCUGAUUCGGGUGGAGGGCAACAACCUGUCCCAGUACGUGGACGACCCGGUCACGGGCCGACAGAGUGUCAUGGUGCCCUACGAGUCUCCGCAGGUGGGGACGGAGUUCACCACAGUUCUGUACAACUUCAUGUGCAACAGCAGCUGCGUGGGCGGGAUGAACAGGAGGCCGAUCCUCAUCAUCAUCACCUUGGAAACGCGAGAUGGUCAGGUUCUGGGUCGGAGGUCGUUCGAGGGGCGCAUAUGCGCGUGUCCCGGGCGAGACAGGAAGGCGGACGAGGACCACUUCCGGGAGCAGCAGGCGCUGAACGAAAACGUGGCCAAGAACGGCAACGCCAACAAACGCACUUUCAAACAGACCCCUCCACACAUUCCUGGACCUGCCAUUAACAUCAAAAAGAGGCGACACGGAGAAGAAGAAUUAUACUAUAUUCCCGUGCGCGGCAGGGAGAACUUUGACAUCCUGAUGAAGAUUAAGGAUAGUCUGGAGCUGGUGGAGCUGGUUCCACAGCAGCUGGUGGACUCAUACAGGCAGCAGCAGCAGCAGCUACUACAGAGACAAAGUCACUUGUCCUCCCCGUCGUCCUACGGCUCGCCGCUGCCCAACAUGAACAAGAUCCACGGGGGCAUGAAUAAGCUGCCCUCCGUCAACCAGCUGGUGGGGCAGCAGCCCCAGCCCAGCCCCGGCCCUCCUCCAGGCAUGGGACAUAUGGGUUCCAACAUGCUGAACAGUCACCACAUGCAGUCUAACGGUGACAUGAACGGAGGUCACUCCGGCCAGCCCAUGGUGCCAGCGUCUCACUGUACCCCUCCCCCUCCAUAUAACCCUGACCCCAGCCUAGUCAGUUUUUUAACCAGUCUCGGGUGCCAAAACUGCAUUGACUACUUCACGUCCCAGGGCCUACAGAGUGUGUACCACCUCCAGACCUUGUCCAUGGAGGACCUGGGUGCCCUGAAGAUCCCGGAGCAGUUCCGCCUGGCCAUCUGGAGGGGCCUGCAGGACAUGAAGCAGGGCCACGACUACAGCCAGCAGCUGAUCCGCUCCAGCAGCAACACCGCCACCAUGGCCAUCGGGUCCACCGGCGAGCUGCAGCGCCAGCGCGUCAUGGAGGCCGUGCACUUCCGCGUGCGCCACACCAUCACCAUCCCCAACCGGGCCGGGCCGGGCGGCACCGGGGAAGACUGGUCCGACUUCGGCUUCGACAUGCCCGACUGCAAAGCCCAAAAGCAAUCCAUCAAGGAGGAGUUCAUGGACAGCGACGUCCACUAGGGCUCCGGCUGCAGACUGUUUCUUCCUCCCGUUAUGUUUUUUCUUUUUUUUUUACAAUAAAUUUGUUGUUUAUGCCGUUAUUUAAGGACUAAAAACAUACAUUCAGAAAUGAAUGAAGUGGAAGGGCUGUAGAAGCCCUUGCUUUAAAAGCAGAAACAAGAACAACAGUUAUAUUUAACCUCCCAUUUUAAGGGACUUUUUUUAUCGAAGCACUUCCAUAUUUGAAAUGUCUUCAGUGCAGUUAUUAGUUUUGCUUUGUGUGUAGACUCCGCUCUGCCGUGAUGACUUCACUCCUACGGUUAUACUCCAGUGCUUUCAGGAAGCGUCAACCUUCAUAUCAAUCAAAAGAAAUGACGUUGAUAGACACGUGGCGGAUAAGCACUUUUACUUCGCUUCAGGAAAUCCCAUCUGAAUAUGUUUCCAUUUACCAAGGCUUCACAGCAGGAUGGCAUUCAUUGGAAGCGAGCAAGAGAAAGAAAAUCAAAAGGCAACAACACUACUUGUUGGUGUUUUCAGCAGACCUUCUCGUUGUGGAUUUUGGCAGCAACCAUUCUUUAUUCUGAAAUGGGUGGUUAUUUCUGAAAGCUCCAACACAUUCAGGGAGUGUUUUAGAAAGGUUAAGUAGCCUCCACCAGUGUAUGAUGUUGGCCUGGAUAACUCUACCCCCCCCCCCCCCCUCCUUGCCUCCCCAGCCCUGACUAAAAUGUCCCUCACCUCAUCUUGUCUUGCAGCUUGCUAAUUCAUUUAACAAACUGCCAUAAGUAUGAAUUUGGGGGAGAAUAAAUAGGUAUUCCUGGAACACAGGUUGACAGUCAUCAAUGUGUUCUUCCUCUUUGGUUGUAUAUAUGUACAUGAGCUACAUUUUUACCUUGUGCAGCUUCAAAGAAAAGUGUUCAUCAAGGAGUUUAAUUGUAUUAUUUUAGAAAUCAGUAAAGCUAGUUGGUGAGCGCGUAUGCAUUACCAAUACUAGUUUUGAUAAUUCAGUAAAUAUACGUACAACUGUACAUGAGAACAGAUGCAUGAACAACCAUACUUAGCUCUAUCUUCUGUUGUGGGAACACCUUUUGAAACAUCUUUACAGUGAUCUAGCAGUUUUUUUUUUUUUUUUUUACAUUUGUACUAUAAAUAUAAAUGCAUUUUUUUUAACGGAAAGAAAAAUCUCAAUGUGAAUCAGUGUAUGAGUUUUGUAAUAUUUUUCUCAAGAAGCCAAUCUCUUUAAACCCCAUGGCAUGUUGGAUCAGUCAGAGAUAGACAUUUUGAAUUAAGCAUCAACAAACUUGUUACCAAAAAAAUUAACAAUUGAAUGCAGUAUUAUGGUUUAUCUUUAGAGACACAUUAAGCUUAAGCAUUAAGCAGUUAAACUGCUAUAUAUUCAUGGAAACCAUAGAUCACAUUACACUGCUAUGUGAUUAGCCUGUAAAUGCACUGUUGUCCUUUCUGCUUCUUGUGAACGUCCACUUAUUUAUGACAGUUUGAAUGAGUGUAGCCCCUUGACAGAAAUGGACAAGAGGUGCAGUACAUUAAUAGCGAAACUGGAAAAAAUCUUAACUGGAGACAGAAAUGGAACCAAACCAAGUUCUGCACAGGGCCAGUGAGCGCUGUGCUUUGAAACGCAUGUUGGAUGAGCUUUCAGGUGAUGCGGGUUGUGGACAUCAUGUACACUCAGGGUUUGGCAGCUCGUACACUGGCCCCAUGGUGUUCUGGGAGAUGUAUGCCCCGUGGCACAACUUGCAAAUGACCUAUUUUAUCUGAAUUAUUAGCUUUAUGAUUUGGCUUCCAAUAUUUAAUUAUUUUUCUUGUUAUCCAAGGAAACGGGAAAUAUAAACGGUAUAAACUCUUGCAUGUUUUUAGCAUCUGGGCACAAAAGAUCUACUGUUCUGGACUGAAAGAGGAAAAAAGAAAGAUCCAGGGGCCUAUAUUAAAACUUUAAACAUCAUCUCAGAUAGUGACUCAGUGAACAAAGCAAAUGCUGACACCUAUGUAUAAGAGACUGGCUUAAUCAGUGAGCUGUGUUUGUUCUGAUGUUUCUAAAAGAGUAGCUUAAACAGAACUCUGUUGUUUUGAUGAUGGUCUGAACCACCUUGCAGGGCAAGGUGUCCUAUUUAUCUUUCUGAAUUAUCAGCAGAGAUGGUUGUCAGUGUAUGUUUUUAUUUUUGUUUUGUUUUUUUGUAUGCUGAUAUCUUGAUAACCACCAUAUGAAUACUCUUGAAUUCAAAGUGUUGUGUUGGCCUAUUUAAAAAAACACACACGAUAAGAACAAUAGAAUUGCAUUGUACAGGAGUUUUUGUAAUGCAAGUUUGCUACCACAUUGAUGUGGUUCAUCUGUGCUCAGCAGGGUUGAAAUGCAAUGAAAGUUAGACACGCGUCAACAUUCCUG